UAGGGCAUUUGCAGUUCUUUGGAUGGCAUUACUUUGGCAGUGUCCAUCGCCACUAUUUUCCUCCCUCCAACUCUCAAAACUCUUCACAAUUAACCCAAAACGCUCAAUUUCCAAUACCCAUAGCUCAAAAUCAUUCAGAAUAAGCUUCCCAUCUCUGACCCAUCAACCCAUUUGCUGUUCUAACUUCAGUUCUGAAUCAGAAUCCUAUAGUUCUUCUUCCACAGGUGUUUUCAUCAAAGGAUUGCCUCGGUCAACGGCUGAAGGACAUUUGAUGAAAGUGUUUUGGCAGUUCGGGGAAGUUAAACAAGUCAAUGUUGUCGGGGAAAGAGUAUCUAAGCAGUGUUUAGGAUCUGGUUUUGUUUGGUUUGAUAAGAGUCUGCCCUGUUAGCUGUGAAGGAGAUGAAUAGAAAGGUAGCAUAUCUGGCAAUUAUAUUGAUACUCGUCGAGCAAUACCUUCACAUCCCAUUCUCACGACUGCCAAAUUGGUUAGUUUUUUGAUGGCAGGUUUAUUUUAGUUAAAAUUGCUACGCCUGGAUUGUCCAAAAAUCGGAGGGCAACACCAUACAAGUCCAAAUUUUACACAUACAAGAGCUUUUUUCGUCGAAUCAAUGUUAAGCAGAAAAAAUAGUAAAAAAACAUUUCAGUUGGUGGCAGAUACGGGAUACUAUGACAGCUUACAGCCUAACACAGUGCUUAGGGAAGUUUAUUAAUAUUUGUUACUCCUAUCUGUAUGAUAUUCACAAAAUAGAUUGAAGUUUCAGUGAACAAAAUGCAUGCAAUAGGAGUAGAGGCUUUCUUUUCUUUUUGUAUUUCCCUGUAAUUAGAGGAAGCCAAAGAGAAGUUAUUGUUCAGUUUUCAGCUGAAAGUGGAACUUUCAAAAGAGUAAAGAGUAAAGAUCGGACCAAAUAACCAUUAUUAGAGUUGAUAGUACAAAAUGGGGUUUCGAUUACCUACCCUGGUCACCAUCAUUUUUUUUUAACCAUAACCUACCCUGGUAACCUUCAUUUUUUAACAAUGAUAUUUUCAAGGUUUAGAUAGGGUGAGGAAUGGUGAAGCUGAACCCUGAAGCAAUCGGAUUUUUGCCUUUCUUUUGUCAAGAUAAUAACAAGCAGUUUCCAAAAAAAAAACAAGAAGUCAUUUAAGAUUUUCUAAAGAAAAAAGAAAGUACCUUUCUCGUUUGCCUACAGUCGCGUUGUUCGUGAUUUGUUGAUAAAUGUUAAACUCCGUUUUAAUGA